AUGAAGCACACCAACCGUACUCCAGGUGAGCUGCAUACCCAACCCUUACCUAGAUUUCAGCCCAGUCCUCAUCAUGCCUACUACAGUCAUCAGCCUAUUUGCUGGCACACUGUGUGCAUGCAUUGCAUUCCUCUGCGACCUCAGCGCACUUACUUACUCCAGCUGCUGCAGGCGCCCUAUCAGCUAGAAAGGCAACAGUAUUUACUGACAGUAGUCAAGGCACUGACAACGACAGUGCCGUUUCCUGUACAUAUAGCUUGCGCGGCGUUGGACCGAAGCAAUAAUCAACAUACAUGCACUCUCGGGGCACAUUCAGAACGCUGAUGCUGCUAAUAAUGAAGGUUUUGUUGUUGUAGUUGUCAAUGAUGAUAAUGAUGAUGAUGAUGAUGAUGUUUAUGGUGUUGGUGGUGGUGGUGGUGGUGAUGAUGAUGAUGAUGAUGAUGAUGAUGAUGAUGAUGAUGAUGAUGAUGAUGAUGAUGAUGAUGAUGAUGAUGAUGAUGAUGAUGAUGAUGAUGAUGAUGAUGAUGAUGAUGAUGAUGAUGAUGAUGAUGAUGAUGAUGAUGAUGAUGAUGGUGAUUAUGAUAUUUUUCAAAUGUUCUGUAAGCGUUUGCUAUAUCAGUAUCAGCAAAUCAUGAAACUCGCAGUAUGGUAUUGUUUGGUCGUUUCCUGACACCUGGUUCCCUGCCGGUAGUUGCGCUUUCGCUUCCGCUAUGUACACAGGUGGUGCACAUUGCUGCCUACACAUCCUCGUCGCUCUCGCCCCUCUUGGGUUGUGCCUGUUGUUGUUAUUGUUAUUGUCUUUGUUGUUCUAGCUGGCUAAAUAUCCUGGUUAAUUUCUGUGUAGUCCUGGGCGUGUUGUGGCACGUCUAGGUGCGGUUCCGGCCGUGCGAGUAACCUGUGCCCUACUCCCACCGCCGGUAUUAUUGACACCGUCUCCAGGAGGUGGGUGAUCCGAAAAGACAGUGCGGUAGAUGCUGUGCAAGUCCUAUACGCCUACAAACUAACUCACACACAAGUCAUCGUCCCUGCUCCGGCUUGCUGUGAAGCACACGGUGGACAUCGUCCACACCGAUGGUCGAAAUGUCAGUGCUGAUGUUGAUGUCUAUGUCAUUAGGAGGAGCAGGAGCAGGAGCAGGGUCACGAGGAGGUGGAGGAGGAAGAGGAGGAUGAGGAGGAUGAGUAG